UUUCGUCAACACACAUAAGAAGAGUGAUUUGUGUUUAGACAUUUAUAGUUGUGAAAAUGUUUGCAAUGUAUUCAUGUGAGGUAUCACCAUGAAAAGUAAAUUAGUGGAGUGUUUGUGUAAAGUAAAUUCUAGACAAGCAUCAGGAGAGACUAAUGAAAAUUCAUGUGAAGAAAUUUUCGCCGAAGUUGCCGGUAAUUUAGAUAUCAAUUUUGAAAUAAUUGAAGAAAGUCUAGCAGAUAUAAUAAGUUUGAAUUUUUCCGAAACGGUCACAGGUGACUGGAAAUGCAUUUGCUUAUCCCUUUACAUCAUAAAGCUGUUGAACACUGAAUUGGAACAUUCAGACUUGCUACUGAGCGUCCAGCAAUCCAAAGACGUUAGGAAAUGCGUAAGAAAUCUCGUGGAAGUCGGAAUAUGCUCAAGACUGCAACCUAAACUACCUUUCUUCAUCAAAUCUAAUCGUCAAAGUGAUAUCAAAGAUAUUUUCUGGGACUAUAACGUGUUGAAAUGCACGACGUUCGCUCUAUGCGAGUUCUUCAAAUCCUCGAAUUUGAGACUGCUGAUCCUGCCAGAAUGCUUGAAAGAAGUCUUGGUUGCACUCUUCCAGAUAUCUUUCUGCCCUCUGAAAAAACCUUCAGAAACACCAGGAACCGAAACCAACGUAAUGACCGAGGAUAUUUACAACAAACUCAACGAUGAAAGAGGAAUGUCUCUCAAGAUACUUGACGGUUUGAGAGAGACGAUCCAUCCUUCCAUUUUUGUCAAAGAACUCAUGGUUAUUUUCCGGGAAAACUCACCAACCUGGUUCAAGAAAGCAGUUUCUCAGUCACUUACCUCCAUUAUUCGAUCUAAAAAUGGUGUGGAAAGCAUCGCCGCAACGUUACUCGGAGAAUGUGAAAACGACAGUACAAAGACCUGGAAGAUUCUGGAUAUAUUUUCCAGAUUGAUUCUGAGCUGCAGACGGUUUCCUGAUUUUCAUGUGAAUACUUGCAAGCAAGUGGUGAGCCUUCUGGAAAAGACACCAGAGGAGUCCUCCGUUUAUGAGAGACUUUAUGCCCAUUGUACCAAAGUCUUCUACAAAGAGGAUCCAGAAUUUGCCAAAAAUAAUUUUCUCAGGCCCGUUAUUAGUUUUUUCAUCUAUUUCUCGUACAGAGAUCAUAAAUUUAUGGAUGGCGAAGAUUUAACUAGGAGGGUGAGGCAAAAUUCCCGUUUGCUUCACGCAAUAUUUGUCCAGAACAGCGUGGAAAGUCCAGCUCUUCCCUUCAAAGUCCUGAAGCCUGUUUUGAACGUUCUUUUUCGGUUCUACGCUUUAACUUCAUCUUCUCCACUGACACUCACCAAUAAUGACUUGAGGGCAAUUUUGCUAGGGUUUUUGAGGAGGUAUCCAGAAGAUUCAUUCUCUUCAUUUGACAGUUUUCUGUUUGACAUCAACACUGCAGAGAUACUCCCCUUCAGGAAUGAUGUUGUUGUACAAAAAGAGGACGAGAGGCUCAUUCUCAGGUUCUCCGAACAUUCCGUGAUUCACGCUUCAUCAGAAAACUCUACCUGCCUGCUGGAAUUGGUCCGAGUAGAUUCUGAUCUCACACAGAAACUUUUCGGUUUCCUCCUCAAUUGUGUAUCGGAAAGCGACAAGUAUUUCAAGAGAGGAAAUGUGGAACUUCUGGAGUUGGAAGAAGAGUUUAUGAAUCAGUUUUUUGAAAGAAAAAUGACUGUGUACAGGUUAUUGUCAGAGUUGUCUGGGGAUAAAACUGUUCAGCAAGAGUUGACUAAAGAUCCACACGAUGUUAUAAAAUACAUACAAAUCGUUUUGAGGAGAACCUUGGAUACAGGAACCCACAGGAGUACAAAUACAGAUUCGGAUGAGUUUCAGUCUUUGUUCACGAUACUGAUGAUUCUACAGAGUUUACUUGAAGGUGCUAAUGCAACCAACAUCAUGGCCUAUGGUUCUUUAUUAGAUUCAUUGAGGAAUUUAUCGAAGGAAAUUGUAAUCACUGAAGCAAGGGAUCUGAUACAACAAAUUCUGGAUGUUUUGGAAGGAGACAAAAGACUGAAAGAUCGAAGUUUGGGGAAGGAAAAAACUGACUUGGAUAAAGCUUUGGAGGACAUUUGUGAUCCUUUACUUCCUGUUAGAGGACAUGGGUUGAUGACUCUUGCUAAAUUAGUGGAAACCAAGGAUAAGCAUGCCAUGGACAAAAGGAACUAUAUCCUCAACGUAUUCCAGCAAAAUUUGAAAAACGAAGAUUCAUUCAUCUAUCUGAGCGCCAUAGGAGGCCUCGCUUCACUCGCUGAUGUUUUUCCUGAUAGUGUUCUGCAAAUUUUGUGUGAAGAGUAUUCUGACUCCUCCAGGAAAAUCACUGAAGAUGGCCAUGAAGUGCGGAUGAAACUAGGGGAAUGUUUGGUACGGGUGACGAAGAAGUUGGGCGACAUGGCUCCAAAGUACAAACCACUGUUGCUAAACACAUUUUUAGUCGGAACAAAAGAGGAUGACGAUCUCAUCAGGGCUUCUAGUUUAUCAAACUUGGGUGAAAUUUGUAAAGUUCUAGGUUACAAAUUGGGCACAAUAGUUACUGAGGUUUUGGUAUGCGUCCACGCAGUGAUAGCCACAGACAAAUCGCCUCAAGCAAGGCGUGCGGCAGUCGGUGUUAUAAGACAGUUGUUCGUUGGCCUCGAAAAAGAAACGAUAGCUUUCCUGAAGGAUGACAUCCUGACGAUUUACAGGACUCUAAAGGAUAUAUACAACAGCGAUAGUGACGAUGUUAUGCGGCUGCAGUCUCAACUAGCGCUGGAAGAACUGAACGAAAAUAUGAAGAGUUUUGUUCUCGCUCCACCAAAGUUGCACGAUGAGAAGAAGAUUGUAGUGUUGAAGUAAAUAAAUGGAAACAACAGUUGUUUUUUACUGAA